AUGACGGACCAACCGAUCAAGAAAUCAAUGAACAAGCCCGAAGCAGCAAGCAGGAUGGUUCAGUGGGCAAUUGAACUUAGUCAAUUUGACAUCGAGUACCAUCCCAGAACAGCGAUCAAGGCGCAAGCUCUGGUAGACUUCAUCGUAGAGUUCACUCUUCCAGACGAGGACAGGAUUAUCGACAAGGUAGACAGAUGGACGAUACAAACUGAUGGUUCGUCAGUCCAGAGGAAGGGGGGAGUAGGGGUCGUCAUAACCACCCCUGACGGAGAAGUGCUGAAAUAUGGGGUCCAACUAAAGUUCCCAGCCACCAACAACGAAGUUGAAUACGAGGGGAUACUGACGGGACUGAGGCUUGGAAAGGCACUUGGUGCUAAAAAUUUGUUGAUCCAAAGUGAUUCAAAGCUAGUGAUCGGGCAAAUUAGGGGAGAGUACGAAGCAAAGGAAGAAAGGAUGCAGAAAUACCUUAAGCUGACGAAACAUCUAACUCAGGAGUUUGACAUAGUGGAGUUCGUGCAGAUCCCAAGAAGUCAGAAUAUGGGAGCUGACGAAGUAUCAAAACUAGCGUCAUCAGAAGAAGGGAAGAUUAGCACAGAUCUAGCGAUGGAAGUCCAGAAACACCCUAGUAUCGAAGAAAUUGCAACAUUCACCAUCCAGAGCACAGACAGUUGGAUGACACCCAUAAUAUCCUACCUCCAGGACGGGCGCCUCCCUCAGAACACCGAAGAAGCUAAAAGGAUCAAGAAGAGGGCGGCCAGGUUCACCAUCCUGAAUGACGCUUUGUACAAGAGAGGCUUCUCUAUGCCUUACUUGAAGUGCGUCGACGAGGAAGAGGCUAGAUACAUCCUGGAAGAAAUCCACGGAGGAAUUUACGGUGACCACGCUGGCUCAAGAUCCCUGGUGAACAAGGUAGUACGAGUAGGAUAUUUUUGGCCAACCAUGCAGGUGGACGCUGCUAAAAUCGUCAAGAGGUGCGACAAAUGCCAGCGAUACGGGAAUGUGCAACGGCUUCCAACAGAGAAAAUGAUGACUAUAGCUUCCCCAUGGCCAUUUGCACAGUGGGGAAUUGACAUCGUCAGUCCUCUACCCCAAGGUAAAGGUCAGUUCGACAGCCAAGGCUUCAGGGAAUUCUGUUCAAACCUUGGGAUCAAGAAUCAGUUCUCGUCUCCAGGGCAUCCUCAGGCAAACGGGUUGACGGAAGUGACGAACCGAACGCUGCUCAAGAUUAUCAAGACCAGACUAGAUGAUGCGAAGGGUGCCUGGCCAGAAGAAUUACCAAAUGUCUUGUGGGCUUACAGAACCACCGCCAGAACCCCGACAGGAGAAACCCCCUUCAGGCUUACCUAUAGCACAAAAGUAGUAAUCCCAGUCGAAGUGGGGGUAACGAGCAUCAGACAAGGAACUUUCAACGAAGGGAUCAACGACGACAAACUACGACUCAACCUGGAUUGUCUGGACGAAGUAAGAGACAAUGCAUCCAGCAAGAUGAUGAAGUAUCAGAAAAAGAUGGCCGAAUACUACGAUAAGAGGGUCAAACUCAGACGACUGGACAUAGGAGACCUCGUCCUACGCAGGACUACCACAGCAACUAAAGACCCUACCCAGGGAAAGUUGGGUCCUACGUGGGAAGGUCCUUACCGAGUCAUUCAUUACUCAAGAUAA